AUGAAGCUUAUUUGGAUAAUCUUACCCUUAGUAGCAGGCCAGAACCUCAUCACUUUAGAGCCAGAAGUCAAAAGUAAGGAAGACUUCGCCGCUGAAGAACAAUUAUAUGUUGGUGAUAGCAUAAUUUGUGAUUCCCAAGAUUGCUAUCCCAAGGUAUUCGAGCCGAGAGAACAUUGGCAAGAGAUUAAAGCAUCACAACAUUUACCCGCUGGCCUUGAUAUUAGAAUGAACAUCGAAAGUGGCCUUCGGGAGGCCAAAUUACAUGCAGGUGCAUCUGAAGACGAUUCGACAGGGCUGUCGACAGUCGAAGAAACUCAGCAAGCUUAUGAAUUUAGUGAACAUUUCAAAGAGAUUCGCGACGCGGAAGCUACCGGAAACUACAAUGAUAUGACCACGCAUUUAGAAACUUUGAUUGAGUUUUCGCACGGGUAUCACCAUGGAUAUAAAAUCAUUAGCCGAGAUUUUGCAACUCUUGAAAGGCUCGUUUCCAAUGUGUCCGUUCCUCUUCACAUCAAGGAGUUAACGACAAGAAUAUUUACUGGAUGCCUACGAAAUAAUCAGCCUGCGUGUGAUCUUAUUGUGCAAGAGCACGGCGAUUUCAUUCCGUUGAUAUGGUAUCAACUUCAUUUCCUUGUCAAUGGCGAGCUCAACAUGGAAGAGAUGAACUUAUGCAAAAGAUACCUGUCAAUUCUUCACGUUCUUUCCGUUCAGAAGAAUACCGUUCCAGAAAUUGAUGAAGAAGCGUUGAACAAGAUGUUUGAUAGCGGUGAUAAGCAAACGAGAUUAAGAGUCUUAGAAAUAGUGUCCUUGGAUUAUAGCGCAUUAGAUCGUGAUGCGCUCACGAACCAACAGAAAAGGAAUACUCAACCCUUGAACGCACAGGCUUGGUAUAACAAGCUCGCCUUGCAGAUACAAGACCCAAGUCUCGAUGAAUUUCAAGUGCGACUGUUAUUUCGUGGGCUUCACAGCAUCAAAACUCACGCUGGUAAAAGUGUCAAGACUGACCAAUCUUUCGUCAAAUGGCUGGCGGCCGAAGCUGAAAACAGGAGUGAUAGACUCAAACAGCAUGUUAAAGAGAGGGACCCCGAGCAGGAAGAAUUUGACCGUCAGCUGGUUUCCAGCAGACAUGCUGUCUUUGGGAAUCCCUUAGCAAAUCGGAUCAAACGCUUCGACGACGAGCUAUAA